UUUAUUUUGAAACGUCGUCGGCGUUCAUGACACCGGAAGUAGACUCUCACGUUGCGGAAGCAAGCACAAAACAGCGGCUGCACACAUGUUGAAGCAAAAGCAUCAUACAACGACGAAAAUGGAAUYACAUUUGAACAACAAGAAAACAAGCUCACAAGACUUGCUCGCGUGUGGAAACGGAGGAGGUCUUCAUGACAAGCUUCUCCUCAAGUCAAAGGGGCCAAAGGCUGGCAGUUCUUUGCAGACCGAGAGGGUCCCAAGAAGUAGCGUUCUGGACAGACUGCAGAGCUUCCUGCCCCAGAUGGCCCAGGCCAAUGAGAAGCUCAAGUUGCAGAUGGAGCAGGCACCUGAGGGCCACUAUGACAUAGAGAGGGUGGAGGAGUCUGGACAGGUCAUAGAGAUGGAUGUGUCGCUGGUGGAGCUCAGUAGUUCAGACAGCGACUCGGACAGAGAGUCUUCGCAGGGCGACGACGCCAACUCAGACUCUGGGGAGGAGAGCGAGCUCACAGAGGAGAACCUCAAACUGCCUGGCAACAGUCAGAAAAAGAAGGUUAAUAUCCAAGUUCUGGAGAAACAAGAGGAUUAGGCUGUCAUAGGCCUCUAAAGAGACUACUGGGACAGUUGAAGUGUAGAAUAUUGACAUGCGUUGGUAAUACUAAUCAACUGACGUGGGAUCAGUUCUCCUUCUCCAAACCUUUUUCAUAACCAUUAUGAGUGAAAGAAUAAGAACUGACCAUGGGUCAGUGAAUCCAUGGUMCUGGAGGGCUAAUGGAUUAACAGUGUUUCAGUGGAUGGAGACCUGCUGCAGUGAGGGAUAUAGGUGUCACAUAGGGGGGUGUCACUUGUGUUUCAGUGGUAUUUGAGCCAUAAUGAGAUGGGGACUAAGCAUUGAGUGCAUUCUCAAGAAUGUGAAGUAAGAAUAUGCCUUAUAUCAUUUCCUGUUUAUCUGAUGACCCUAGGAUACUUGUAAGGUUAAAGUUCAUAGUGGCUUGAUGGUAUAUUGAUGGCAGAGAAAGAAGACAUUUAGCCUAUCUGUAUUCAAUCCAUUUUCAAUAGAUCAUAUUGUUUGUGUACAUUUUCAAGUAUUUAAGCAGAACUGUUUGACUGAAUUUCUCAUCUUCAAUACCAAAUGUUUUAUUAUAUCUGUCUGCUUUGUGUUAUGAAUCGGCUUAGUCCCAGCAUUAUGUUAUGGUUGGUCACAAGGUUUGUGAGCUAUGACGUUUUUCCCAGAAAUAUUUUCCUGUACCAAAACCAUAUACUGUAUUUCAUAAUAAAAUGUUAUGAGAUUCUA